AAAAAGAAGAAACUAUUUUGCCAUUUUGGUACAAGUAAAAUAUCAGAUUUAGAGUUUCAGUCACACCCUCUCUUUCUCUCUCUUUGGGCAUGGCUUCCAUAUCCCUUUCGUUCUCUUCUUCCAUCGUCCCCUCUCCGAUUUCCCACCACAAAUGCAAGAAAACCCAACACCCCAGUUCCCAAAAUCCAAUCUUUCGUGUAACCCACUGCGCAAUUUCAUCUCCACCGUCCAAAACUGCACCUCCGGUUGUCAAAAAGAAACACUGGAAACGAGGUGAGUUUCCUGGUACUUCGGAACCUGGGAGUACGAGGAAGGGUGGUCCCAUUAAGAAUUUGAAGAAGAAGCUCGACAGAAAGAACAAUGCUAAAGCUUGGGUCAACACUGUCACUGAAGACCUAUCUGAACGCAUUGAGAAGAAGCAAUGGCUUCAAGCCCUUGAGGUAUUUGACAUGCUUAAAGAACAUUCCUUUUAUGAACCCAAAGAAGGGACUUACAUGAAGCUCAUUGUGUUGCUUGGAAAAUCCGGUCAACCCCACCGUGCCCGGCAACUUUUUACUACAAUGAUUGAAGAAGGUUGUGACCCUUCUCCUGAAACGUACACGGCGUUACUUGCUGCAUAUUGCAGGAGCAACCUGCUUGAUGAGGCAUUUUCGAUUUUGAAUGAGAUGAAGAACCAUCCUCUGUGCCAGCCUGAUGUUUUCACUUACAGUACCUUAAUAAAGCCCUGUGUGGAUGCUUUCAAAUUUGACCUUGUUGAGUUGCUGUAUGAAGAUAUGGCUGCGAGAUCUAUCAUGCCUAACACGGUCACUCAGAACAUUGUUUUGAGUGGUUAUGGCAAGGCUGGGAAGUUUGAUCAGAUGGAGAAAGUGCUGUCGAGCAUGCUUGAGAGCACUUCGUGCAAGCCUGAUGUCUGGACAAUGAACACAAUCAUCAGUGUCUUUGGUAACAUGGGUCAGAUUGAUAUGAUGGAGAAAUGGUAUGAAAAGUUCCGCAAUUUCGGGAUAGAGCCAGAAACUCGCACUUUUAAUAUCUUGAUUGGUGCCUAUGGAAAGAAAAGAAUGUAUGACAAAAUGUCUACUGUUAUGGAGUAUAUGCGGAAGUUGCAAUUUCCAUGGACCACCUCUACUUAUAACAAUGUGAUUGAGGCAUUUACAGAUGUUGGUGAUGCUAAAAACAUGGAGUAUACAUUUGAUCAGAUGCGUGCUGAGGGUAUGAAAGCAGAUUCCAAGACUUUCUGCUGCCUUAUCAAUGGUUUUGCAAAUGCAGGUCUCUUCCAUAAAGUAAUUAGCACUGUUCAGUUGGCUGAGAAGUUUGAGAUAGCUGAGAACACCACAUUUUACAACGCAGUAUUAUCUGCAUGUACAAAGGCAGAGGACUUGAUGGAAAUGGAGAGAGUUUUCAAGCGAAUGAAAGAUAACCAAUGUCCACCAGAUGACACAACAUACACGAUCAUGAUCGAGGCAUAUAGAAAAGAGGGUAUGAAUGACAAGAUAUACUAUUUAGAGCAGGAGAAGAAAACAAUGAUAACUGAUGGUAUAAAAGUGAGCCAGCCGGAGGAUGAAUUCUUCAGUUGAUUCGUAGCGUGUUUGGAUCGGUGGUGGCAUACAAUCCAAAACACAACUCCAGAAGCUACACUUCCUAGCUUCUCCCCAGUAGUGAUUUCCAACCGCAGAACCAAACAUGUGGUUUUUAGUUCAGACUGCUAAUUCAUCUGUAUGCUUUACCUCUUCCAUUUUCUGGAGCCGCUGUUGUAUUUUGUUUGGGGGGUGAAAGGAGUGAUCAGCUGCCGAGUUGCAUAAUCAAGCUUCAUUUUCAUGAAUGAUAGCAACUUCGCCCAACUUUUAUACAUGCUUAUUGUAAAGUUAAAAUCGCAGAAUAGAAUUCAAACAUCAGAAUUUUUUGGUGUACAGGGUUCAUGAACUGAUAAUUGAGUUAUUAGUGUUUUUUUGUCAAA